AUGGAAACUGAAAAAGAUUGGUUCAUUGAUAGAUUACCCAAGUUGAAACAUUUAAUUUUAUCUUGGAUAGAUUUACCUACAACAGAAAGUCAUUUAAUUGAUAUAUUAAAUAAAAGUAUUCAACAAUUAGAUAUCGAUACUGAUCGUGUUAUUCAACCAUUAGCAACAACAAAUUAUAUUUAUUUUUCAAAUGUUAUGCACAUUAAUUUUAAUUGUGAUUGUAC